AUGCGACUCAUACGGCAAGUCGCCGUCGCAGGCACCCUCGCCGCCCAACUCGUUCGACUAGCGUAUGCCCAAAACAGCUCCUUGCCAGAGCAUUGCGACCUCACAAUUCAGCAAGCAGCCGCGGGCGGCUUUUUCAAUUCCACGGGCACAGGCGAGAUUCAAUUCGCUCGACAGGAUAGCCAACAUCCGCUAGAGCCGUGGUACAUGACGCAGACGUUGCACGUCACUCGCGACGAGAAAGACGCAUGGCGCACGCAGUCGCUGACUGUCUUCCUCAGUGUGCCAGAGUCGUUUGUUGGCAGCGACGAGGCCAACAAUACUAAUGUCUGCGCCUAUCGUAUGAGGGGGCUGAAUGCAACGGCCCACGACGACGGCUCGUGCGACGAGCUCCUGAGCGACGAUUGUCUCGACGCCAUAGACGACCUCCCUGCGAUGCCAGACAGCGAUGGCAACUGUCCGUCGGUCAACGUGCAGGAUGCCUGUGGCCAGGGUUUUUUCCUCUCCACUGCUCGCCCCUUCAAUUUUUCAAGCUCCGUGUGCUCCAUUUCGGGCCUGUCCGGAUCGGACCUACCCGACAACUACAGAACGUUUACGGGCAUCGGAACCGUCACACUCUCACUCACUCCGGAGACUGAUGACGACCCAUACGCCAUGUACGACCUGCGCGUCCGCCAACCAGCCCCCGUUCUCAUCAAGGCUCGUCUAGGGGCUUCGGGCUCCGUUGCCUACCAACAACAGAAGAUGUUAUGCAUUGCGCCAAACAAGGUUGUCGAAGGAAGCAGGCGGCCGGUAGGUGACUUUCCGCCGUCGAGCGCGAGCGGCGCGGAGAGACCGAGGACCAUGAUGUUGGUGCUGGCCGUGUCGCUUGCUGUGGCUGGAGGCAUGCUGUAG